AUGGCGCGCCAAAUUGCCCCAACCCCUCACCUCAUCUGGGCAGCCGGUCACUUCCUUACUUUUGUCUGCGGGCUGCGCUACCUUGUCUCCGUAGUCCUCUUCAGAGGGCCAAGCUCAAGAUGGUAUACCGUCGCCUACCUAGGAGCCCUGGUGUCCUACGGCGUCGUCGUGUACAAUCGCUUCGGAGUCCCGCAGCCUAGCAAGGCGUGGCUGCAACGAGCAGUCAUGGAGGAGAAUGUCCAGUAUUUGUUCUUGGCACUUUACUGGUGGAUCAACAGGCCAAUCUUCCUCACCCUGGUUCCCUUUGUCACCUUUUCCCUCGUACACGUCCUCAACUUCGUAUCAAAGGUCGUCAUCCCCUAUGCCUUCCCAAGCGCCGCACCGCCGACAUCACCGGCAAAGGGAUCCGCAGCGAGCGCAGCAGCACCAUCUCAAACGCUCCCAGCAAAGGCGGCAAGACAGAUGCAGCUUUGGAUUCGCAACAACUACGAGCACUGCAUGAAGCUCGUUGCAUGGUCCGAGACGCUCAUCUUCCUCCGUCUCCUCCUUGGAGCUAUCCUGCUGCGUAACUCUCUUCUGGCGCCCCUCAUCUUCGCCCACUUCCUCCGACUGCGCUUCUACAUGUCUUCUUUUACGCGCACAUCAUGGCAGCACGUGGGUGGAGUGCUCGACAGCUGGACGAGCAAGCCGGAGUGCCCUCCGAUUGUCAGGAGGGGGUACCUGACAUUGAUGGAUCUCGUGGGCAGGUACGCAAGCACUGUCAUGAGCGUGCCGCAUGGUGCGCAGGGUGCGACGGCUAGUGGAGCUACAGGAACUGCGGCAGCAACUUCAGCAAGCGCAGGUGGAGCAGGUAAUGGUGCAUCGGCCACGGGCGUGGACCCGACAGCUGCUGGGGCCGGAGCUGCGAGGCGAUAA